AUGCCUCACGCCCACAGUACGGCCGAUGAGACAUACGACGUACUCGUUAUUGGCGCUGGUCUGUCGGGCAUCUGCAGUCUUUACCACAUCCGACAGCGCUUUCCUUCAUGGCGUGUGAAGCUCCUAGAAGCUGGAGAUGAUGUUGGAGGCACUUGGUAUUGGAACAGAUACCCUGGCUGCCGAUUCGACUCAGAGUCGCUCUCCUACGGCUUCUCGUUCGACAAGGAGCUGCUCGAAGACUGGCACUGGAAGGAGACUUACUCACCCCAACCUGAGACGCACCAAUACAUCAAGCACUUCGCAGAGAAGCACAAUCUGUAUCAACACGUCGUGUUCAACACGCGGAUCAGCUCUGCGCGUUGGAGCGACACAUCCAACACCUGGACUUUCGCCGAUGGGGCCGGUAAGGAGUAUAGAGCCAAGUUCUUCAUCAGCUGUAUUGGCUUCCUUUCUUCGCCGACCUUGCCGAAUAUUCCCGGCGUGCACGAGUUCACAGGCCAGUCAUUCCAUACCUCCCGAUGGCCACAGGAUCUCGACAUCAACCGUGACUUUGCAAAUAAGCGGAUUGGCAUCAUCGGGACCGGCGCGACUGGCAUCCAGACCAUCACAUCGAUAUCAAAGGUCCCUGACAUCGGCUCUGUUACUGUCUUUCAGCGGACGGCAAACUGGUCAGCGCCGCUGCGCAACAGCGGGAUCACCACAGAACAGAUGGCGCAGCAUAGGAGAGAAUACGACUCCAUCUUCCAGAGAUGCGCAGAGACACCAGCGUGCUUUGUGCACCAGGCCGAUCCACGAAAGUCGCUCGAGGUGAGCGAGGAAGAGCGACUUGCACUCUGGGAGAAGCUGUACAACGAACCCGGAUUUGGCAAAUGGUUGGGUAUCUUUAGUGACACUUACACCGAUCGUACUGCAAACGAGAUGUACUCCCGGUUCAUGGCGGACAAGAUCAGAGGCAGAGUACACGAUCAGGAGACUGCAGAGAGCCUUAUCCCCAAGAACCACGGCUUUGGGACCCGCCGAGUGCCACUUGAUAGCGGGUACUUUGAAGCUUACAACCAAGCCAAUGUCCAUCUCGUGGACCUUCAAAAGACGCCACUAGAGCGCAUCACACCGACGGGAAUCGCAACCUCAGAUGGCAGCACGCACGAGUUGGACGUCCUCAUCUACGCUACCGGAUUCGAUGCAAUCACAGGAGCUUUCAGCGCCAUUGACUGGCAUGCGAAGCAUGACCGACCACUUAUCGCCAGCAGCCAUUCUAAACAAGGCGACAGAGCGAUCUGGCCAGACCACCGACCACUGACAUUCCUCGGCCUCACGGUGCCGGCGAUGCCGAACAUGUUCAUGGUCCUUGGGCCGCAUCAACCGUUCGGGAACGCAACGCGGAGUAUCGAGCACGCUGUCCAAGUCAUCAACGACCUCCUACAAUACUGCGACGAGAAGAACUACACUUACGUCGAGGCGACGCAGGAAGCGGCGGAGAGCUGGACAGAGCACGUGGUCGAGUGUAGCAACGCUUUGACGUUGAUGAACGAGGUCGACAGCUGGAUGACCGGGGUGAACACGAACGUCAAGGGCAAGACGGUGAGGAGUGUAGCCCGGUAUGCAGGCAGUGCGGUCGAGUUCCGCAAGCGAUGCAGAGAUGUCCAGGCGUCGGGUUAUAAGGGUCUGAAAUUUGCGUAG